AUGGCCGAUCAAACUCAAGUUGACCACGAAGUUCAAUUAUUAAAAGAACAUAUCAAAAGACUUGGCACCAAAAAUGCCAAUAAUCAAUAUGUAGUUAAAUAUGGUGUUUUAUUUAAUGAUGAUACCGUUGGUAAUGUUUUCGAAGCUUUAAUGGGUACCUUAAAAUCAGCUAAAAGAAAGAAGAUUAUUACUUUUGAAGGUGAGCUCCUCUUACAACGUGUUCAUGACAAUGUCGAUAUCAUCCUCUUACAAGAAUAA